AUGAUCAGAAAUCUUGAAGAGUUGGAACUCGAUGGAAAUGAAAAUCGACGAUUUUACACCGCCGAAAAUGCAUUAGAUGAUUUAAAUGAUCGUCAGUUUAUAAAAAAGUUUAGACUACCUAAACAGAACGUCCGAGAUAGAAUACAUGAACUAUCUCCAUUUAUGAUCCAUCCUACUAGAUGCUCUGCUAUUAGUAUCGAACGACAGGUAUUGACUGCAUUACGUUUUUACGCAAGCGGUUCUUACCAGCAAGAUAUUGGGGAAAACAGAGCUUCUUCGAUGAGCCAGUCAGCUGUUAGUCAGUGUAUAACAGAAGUUACCGAAGCUCUAAACCAACCGCUAGUUUUCAGUAAACAUGUUUAUUUUCCUAGAACUAUAGAAGAGUUGAACAUUGUCAGGCAAAAAUUUUACGAAAAGUAUAGAAUUCCUGGUAUAAUAGGAAUUGUGGAUGGUACGCAUAUCGCUAUUGAACCUCCUAAGAGUGAGGCAGAUUCUGGUUAUGCUCUAAGGCCGUGGAUGAUAACUCCUUUACAUGAUCCACAACCAAACACACCAGAAGCUGAUUUUAACAAAUGGUUUUUAAAAAUAAGGAGUCUUAUUGAAAGAUGUAACGGUGUAUUAAAAAUGCGAUUUUGCUGUUUGUUAAAACAUCGAGUUUUACACUACGAGCCUUUAAAAGCUUCUAAAAUAAUUAAUGCGUGUGUAGUUUUGCAUAAUAUAUGCAUAGAUAACAAUGUUUCCGAUGACGACAUAAUUUGUGAAGAUGAUAUGAUUUUUGACGAAGACGAUUUAGGAGUUAUUCCUAAUAUUAAUAACGAACAAAUGCGAGCUAUAAAUCCCUUGUUGGUUGCUGGUCGAGACAUGCAGAGAACCAUAAUCCAACAAUAUUUCACAUAA